GGGCUGGAUCCCAUUUAGGACUCACCGUAGUUAUGGAUGCUCAAAUAGAUGAAUAUUAUUGCUCUUCCACCAGUAGUGUUGGAUUCAAAAUAAUACUGUCCAACCCAAUAGAAACUCCUAAGAUGGCUGCCUUCGGAUCGCUUUUGGCCACUGGAUUAGAAGUAAGGUAUUCUAUUACCCCUUCAGUUCGAGAGGCUUCUGAUAAUUUGAGAAAUAUUCCCCUGAAGAAAAGACAGUGUUAUUUUGCUGAAGAAAGGAGAUUACAAUAUUAUAGGUAAUUUUGAAACUCGAUGCGUUCUUUGCUUACAAAGAUAGCAUCAUGUGGAGAUGACUAAAACUACUCCUAGUA